AUGGCAGCUGUCGAAGCAACUGCGAAGGCAUUGGAGGGCGCGACGAUCUCCAAGACGAAGGAGUUGAAGGGCACAGAGAAGAGAGACUCGCUCGUUGCAAUAGAGAAGAAAUACCAGGAAAUAUGGCAGAGGGAUGGCGUCUUCCAACCCGAUGCGCCCUCCACUACAGAGGUGCCCCUCAAUUCGAUCUCCGCGGCUGAGUUGCGCAAGCAGCACCCCAAAUUCUUCGGAACCAUGGCAUAUCCAUAUAUGAACGGCACUCUACAUGCGGGACACACCUUUACAGCCAGCAAGAUAGAGUUCACAACUGGAUUUGCACGCAUGCAGGGAAAGAGGAGUCUGUUUCCAUUAGGCUACCAUUGCACGGGUAUGCCAAUCAAGGCGUGUGCCGACAAACUUAUAAAUGAGGUGAAAUUAUUCGGACAGGAAUUCGAGAGAUAUUCCGACGAGGGGGCCGAGGAGCAGAAGCUAGACGCCACUCCAGCACCUACUACACACCACGAGGAUGUCACGAAAUUUACGGCGAAGAAAGGCAAAGCUGCGGCCAAGGUUGUAAAGAUGAAAUAUCAAUUCCAGAUCAUGCGUGCUAUUGGCAUACCCACGGAGGAGAUCCAUCGCUUUGCAGACCCACAGUACUGGUUAGAAUUCUUCCCUCCUCUAUGCAAGCGCGAUCUCACGAAUUUCGGAGCUCGGAUCGACUGGCGGAGAUCUUUCGUCACUACCGAUGCGAACCCCUACUAUGACGCAUUCGUUCGAUGGCAGAUGAACAGACUUAAGGAGCUGAAGAAGAUCAAGUUCGGAAAACGAUAUACUAUUUACUCGCCGAAGGAUGGUCAACCAUGUAUGGACCACGAUCGGAGUGAAGGCGAAGCCGUUGGGCCACAGGAAUACACUGCUUUGAAACUCAAGGUGAAGGAAUGGGCGCCAGAAGCCGGAGAGCAAAUUAAGGGUAAGGUUCCCGAGGGUGCUAAUGUUUAUUUCGUACCUGCAACUCUACGACCAGAGACCAUGUAUGGCCAAACUUGCUGUUUCGUUGGACCUAAGAUAAAGUAUGGUGUUUUCAAGGUUUCAGACAAGGAGUUCUACGUUAUCACAGACCGUGCAGCACGGAAUAUGGCAUAUCAAGGAAUCUUCCCUGAGAAUGGUGUUUAUGAGAAGGUCGCAGAGCUGCUUGGUUCGGCUUGUGUUGGUACUCUUGUCAACGCCCCACUUUCAAUUCACAAGGAGGGUGUUAGAAUUCUGCCUAUGGACUCGGUUCUUCCUACAAAGGGGACUGGAGUCGUCACCUCAGUGCCGUCCGAUAGCCCCGACGACUUUGCGACUAUCACGGAUCUUGCGAAGAAAGCAGAGUACUACGGAAUUAAGAAGGAGUGGGCGGAGCUAGAGAUUGUUCCAAUCAUCUCAACUCCAUCAUAUGGCAAUCUAGCAGCUCCGUUCCUUGUCAAGAAAUUGAAGAUUUCAUCUCCAAAAGACACAAAGCAGCUCGAGGAAGCCAAAGAGCUUGCGUACAAGGAAGGCUAUUACCAAGGUACCUUAGUAAUAGGAGAAUUUGCCGGGGAGAAGGUCGAGGUCGCCAAACCCAAGGUCCGCCAACAACUCAUUGAUGCUGGCGAAGGGUUUGCCUACUCAGAACCAGAGAAGAAAGUUGUCAGCAGAUCAGGAGACGACUGCUGCGUGGCUUUGAUGGACCAAUGGUACCUUGACUACGGAGAGGACUCAUGGAAGGAGGUUGCGAUGAAGUACGUAGCUAAUGAGGAUGGAAAGGGAAUGAACACAUUCGCCACUGAGACGAGACAUGGUUUCGAAGGCGUCCUCGAUUGGCUCAACCAAUGGGCUUGCGCUCGCACGUAUGGCCUUGGCUCAAAACUUCCUUGGGAUCCUCAGUUCUUGGUCGAAAGUUUGAGCGACAGCACAAUCUACAUGGCUUAUUACACAAUCGCACACUACCUUCACCAAGAUAUCUUUGGCAAAACUCCUGGAUUGGCCGGAAUCAAACCGGAGCAGAUGACGGAUGAAGUUUGGGAUUAUGUUUUUGCUCGACGGGAGUUGAGUGAAGAGAUCCUGAAGGAAAGUGGGGUCUCUAAGGGAGCCCUCGAAUCCAUGCGAAGAGAGUUCGAGUACUGGUACCCAUUAGAUCUUCGGGUUUCUGGAAAGGAUUUGAUUCCUAAUCAUCUUACCUUCUUCCUCUACAUCCAUUUAGCGAUCUUUACCCCCGAGUAUUGGCCAAAGGCUAUCAGGGCAAAUGGUCACUUGCUGUUGAACGGCGAGAAGAUGAGCAAAUCGACUGGCAACUUCAUGACCUUGGACGAUAUGGUCAAGAAGUAUGGCGCCGAUGCAAGUCGAAUUGCGAUGGCUGAUGCGGGUGAUGGAGUUGCUGAUGCCAACUUCGAGGAAGAUGUUGCGGACAAUAAUGUCCUUCGACUUUUCACUCUCCGAGAAUGGUGCGAAAACCAAGUCAACGACGCAGCCAGCCUCCGAUCAGGCCCCAAGAACGACUUCCUCGAUGCCCUCUUUGAGAAUGAGAUGAACUCGCUUGUCCAUGAAGCUCGCGGACACUACGAAGACACAAACUACAAACUCGCCCUCAAAUCCGCCCUAUACGAUUUCACCAAUGCGCGUGAUUUCUAUCGUGAAGCAAGCACAGCAGCGGGAAUUAAGAUGCACAAGGACCUUGUCUUCCAAUACAUCGAACUCCAAGCUCUCCUGCUUGCAGUCAUCGCGCCCCACUGGUCGGAAUAUAUCUGGCUCGAAGUGCUGAGGAAAAAAUCAACGAUCCAAAACGCCCUCUUCCCGGAGGUCCCAGCAUCUAUUCCUUCCCUCUCUGCGGCGCGCGAAUAUGUCCGCAAUACAUCAAGCAACGUCACCUCCGCCGAGGCUGCGCAGCAAAAGAAGAAAGCCAAAGGCAAAGACAUCGGUUUCGACUUGAAAAAGCCGAAGAAGCUCUCGAUCUUCGCCGCGGCGAAAUUCCCCGCUUGGCAGGAGAAGUACAUUGAUCUUAUGCGCGAAGCUUGGAAUCCAGAUACCAAGAGCGUAAAUGAUAAAGAGCUGAAUGGAAAGAUUGCUAAGAUGGGCGAGAUGAAGAAAGCGAUGCCUUUUAUCCAGUCGCUGAAGAAGAGACUUGUAGGUGGCGAGGCUCCUGAGACGGUCUUUGAGCGUAAAUUGGCAUUUAAUGAAGUACAAACAUUGAAGAAUAUGGUGCCGGGGUUGAAGAAGGCGGCUGGGCUUAAAGCAAUUGAUAUCGUGGAGGUUGCGGAGGGUGGAAAGAGUGGCCAGGUUGUUGGUGGGGAUGGCGAAGGGAAGGCGGCGGAGACUCUGCCUCCUGUGGCAGAGUCAGCUGUCCCAGGAGUCGCGACCUUCUACUUUGAGAAUGUUGAGGCUUGA